CGAACACAUAAGAAAGAAACAUAUCGACAUCGGCAGUCGCCAUGGGUGGCCUCGUCGAGCAGGUCCUCUCGCAUGAGAAGGCCCGCCUCCUCGCCAAGCUAAGUUGGUCAUCAUGGGCUGGCAUAGCCGCCCUUGCCUACCUGGCGUAUGGCAUCGGACUGGUCAUCUACCGCCUCUACUUCAGCCCCCUUGCCAAGUUCCCCGGCCCCAAACUGGCAGCAGCAACGCACUGGUAUGAGGUCUGGUACGAUCUCUUCUCGAAAGGCACCGGCGGCCAGUUCACUUGGAAGGUGAAGGAGAUGCACGACAAGUACGGGCCCAUCGUGCGCGUGAACCCGGACGAGGUGCACAUCGACGAUCCGGAGUUCUGGAACGAGGUGUACGGCGCCAGCACGCCGUCCAAGCCCAUGGACAAGUCGGGCAAGUUCAAGUACCGGUUCGGCAUCCCCGAUGCCACCUUCAGCACCACCCAUGCCGAGCUGCACCGGGAGCGCCGCGCCGCACUGGCCCCCUUUUUCUCCAAGCAGCGCAUCCGCAGCCUGAACCCCAGAAUCUCCGAGACGACCGACCGCAUCUCGCACCGCCUGGCGACCGAAUACGCCGGCUCGGGUCGCGUCCUCAACGUGGGCGACAUGUGGUCCAGUAUGACCAUCGAUGUCACCUCGGAGUUGGCCUUCAGUCGGUCCGUCAACUGCUCGGACGCUCCGGAAUUCAAGUCGCCUCUUUCUGUCGGCAUGCAGACCAUCAUCUGGGCCGGACACUGGAAUGCGCACUUCAAGAUUCUGGUCGAUCUCAUGGGAUGGAUCCCGGAUGGCAUUCUUGGGACCGUGUUGCCGCCGUUCAAGCCCAUCCUGGACUUCCGUGAAGAUACACGUCAACAAAUUAAAGACAUUCUGUCGGGCAAAAAUGCCAAGAGUGUGGACGCUCAGCAUCCCACCAUCUUCCACGACAUUCUGGCUUCCAACUUGCCCCCGCAGGAACUGACACUGAAGCGACUGACGGACGAAGCUGUCAGCCUUAACGGCGCUGGUAUGGAGACUACCAAGUGGACGCUGACCGUAGCCGUCUUCCACAUCCUCGAUCAGCCUGCCGUCCAAGCCCGACUCAAGGCCGAGCUGGCUGAAGCCAUGCCUGACUCGACAUACAUCCUCCCGUGGGCUGAACUGGAGAAGCUGCCGUACCUGUCGGGUGUCGUUGCCGAAAGUCUGCGUCUCUCCUACGGCCAAGUCCAGCGUAUUCCCCGCGUCAACCGCCUCCACGCAUGGAAGUACGGCGACUGGGUCAUCCCCCCCGGCAUCCCCGUCGGCAUGGACGCCUACCACAUGCACACCAACGAGAACGUGUUCCCCGAAGCCCAGAAGUUCAAGCCCGAGAGGUGGCUCGGCGACCCCAGGGGCCCCGCCGGCCUGCACCCGCUUUCGAACUACCUCGUCCCCUUUGGCCGCGGAUCCCGCGUCUGCGCAGGCAUGCCCCUGGCGUACAUGGAGCUCUACGUCGCCCUCGCCACCCUCUUCCGUCGUCACGAGCUCGAGCUGUUCGAGACGGACCGCAGCGAUGCCGAUUUCGUGCUGGAUAUUGUCAUGCCCAUGCCUAGGAAGGAGAGCAAGGGUGUUAGGGUCAUUGUCCACAAAUGA